AUGCCAAUCAGACGAAGGGAGUCAUUCUCAGCUUCAGGGCAACCCAACACGCCGGAUGCGCCAAGCCGGCCUGUUGUUGCUAUCACGCCGUCCCAGAUACCGUCUUCCACAGAUCCCCAAUGUCAUGCACAGCUCCAGACCUCUGUCGACCAGGGAUCGGCCUCUCCUGAAGCACCACACAAAACGCGUCCUCGAAUGUUGCGCAACCUGCAGGGGGAAAGAGUCUAUGUGGGCAGCGCUGCGUCGCUAUCCUUCCUGCAGUUACUGCGAGAUACAGUCACCCAACAUAUAGGCCCAUCACAGUUCUCACACAAUGUUAGAUUGGAGGACAUGCUCGAAACAGAAGCGCCCAAGAAUGUCUCGCCGGACUUUGAAGACCAGUUGGAUCUCGAGCAGCGUCAAGCCUUGCUUCAAGCAUACCAGAUUGCAACAAGUAGCUUCCUCUAUCUGAUGCGGGAUUCGGAAUCGAUGCAGCUUCUACAUAAUCGGCGCUCCGACACCAGCCAUGCACAAAAUACAACAGCUCUACUCGACAUCAUGAUUGCCAUUGGCGCACAGUCGCAUAAGCACGACCCGACGAAAGAGCAAAUUGAGCACUUCUUCUUUGCGAGGGGGCAACGCCGGGCGUUUGUCAGCAUGCUGGAGAACCCCAGUCUAGAGAUGGUAUGCUUGUUUCUGCUGAUGUCGUUCUACAUGCUUGGUGCGUGUCGCAGAAAUGCUGCUUUCAUGUAUCUUGGGGUGGCCGCUCGAGCAGCUGUGGCGCUCGGUCUACACAUCGAUGUCUCUGGUUCGCUACCGGUCAACGAACAGCACCGAAGCUCCAUCCUCGGGCGACCCCCCGCAACAGCGUCACUCCGCUGGGAAUCAGGAGCCAGCAUCACUGAGGCAGUACAGCACAAUGACCUUGCCGAGGAAGGACUGGUGGCAUUAUAUAAUCUCGCCAAAAUUCUGGAUGAGACGAUCACUCGCUUGUACAGCGAAAAGGCAGCUUCAGCGCAGGCCGCCGAGUCGAUACUGGAGAAGCUUAAGCGGUGGAGCGAUGGUCUGCCGGAAUCUUUGCUUGCGCCCCCAGGCACGGAACAGGAAUGUCUUGCUGCUCAGGACCGUGUCAUAGGCAGCUUGCACAUCGCCUGUUCCUACCACUUUGCCGUCAUCAUAGUGACGAGACCAUUCCUGAUAUCAGCCCUUGGAGUCCGGCUGGCCCGAGUACAUGACAAACUCGCUGAACGAAAUCUGGGCGACGUCUUCUUAGAGAACCCCGUACAUUCCCGGCUGGCGCUCGCCUGCACAGACUCAGCCCUUUACAUGCUUCAAACUUGCCUGGAGAUUCAUCGUUCCCAUUUACUCCUAGGAAACAUGUGCAUCCUAAAAGCCUUCAUCUUCGCUGCAGCUCUCGUUGUCGGAUUUUCGCUCUUCUCGCAAAGAGACCCAAACCCCGAUCUCGAAGAAGCCUUCACUGGCGCCAUCGACAUCCUCCACAUGUUCUCCCAGCAGUCCGCCCAAGCGGGCCACUACUACGAAAUUCUCACGUUUCUCCGCAACGCUAUCGCCGAACAACGCCAACGACUCUCGAACCAGGAUCAAAGCAGCAAAAGCCAAUAUGUGAGCAAGCUUUUCAGCUUGAAUGGCCGUAGGGCAUCACGCCAGACGGAGGGCGGGAGCACCGGUAAUCUGGCCACACUGACGAGUCCCUUUGAUAUCAACAGCGUCCCAUUGGAAUGGGAGGGCAUGGAGCUACCGUUGUGGGAUAGCUUCCCCUUUACAGAAGAAACACUUCCGCUGCAAGACAGAACGAGUGAUAUGAACCCACUGUGA